UUGACAACUUGACAGUUGACAUGUUGAUGGUAUGAUUGCGAGUUUAUAAUUCCAAUUCAAUACGUAAUAAUCUGUUAUAUCAUACUCCAGAGUCCAGGCUUCGUUAAAAGUUAACUUUUUGUUCACUACAUACAAACGGUUAUAAUGGGUGACACACGUAAAAAGAAGAAGUUCUACUUUCGGAAGCGUAGGAACAAAUAUUUCUUGGAACCCGGCUUUCGCGGCUUUUUUUGCACGUGUAACUUUAGGGAGAAAGACUGCGUGAAAGAAGUUUACAAUCUGUUGAAUGAAUAUGCGGAGAAGGUGUAUCCAGAUUUGGGAAUUGAAAAGUCACAGGAGGCGGCGGGCGCGGCGGAGAACCGCUCCGGCAGUGAAUCCGAAGAAGAGACUGAUAUCGGCGACGCGCUAAAACGAGAAGUGGAGUGUAUGAAAGUCGACUCGCAAAAGUCGCUCAAGCACAAACGCUUUCAGGUCGUGGAGACCGGCGCGUCCAACUGCAUUUUCAUUAAAACUAAUCUGCCUAGUCCAGUAGAAUUGACCAUGGCCAUAAUCAAAGACUUGUCAGAGACAAAAGUCCAAAAAACCCGGCAUGUCAUGCGCUUACUUCCCAUCAUGGCGACAUGCAAAGCAAACCUGCCUGACAUCAUGGAGUGUGCCGGGAAGCUGUUUGACAAAUAUUUCCUGAAGGAGUCUUCAACAUUUGCUGUGAUUUUUAAUAAACGCUUUAACAGUAGUGUGUCUCGGGACUUGGUCAUAAAGGAGCUUGCGGAGAUGAUAGCGCUAAAGAAUGGCGAUAACAAGGCUGAUUUGAAGAACCCUGGGCUCUGUGUGAUUGUUGAAAUUAUAAAAGGAAUCUGCCUGUUGAGCAUUGUGGAAGAUUAUUAUAAUUUUAAGAAAUAUAAUUUACAUGAAUUAUGUAGGGAGGAGAAUAAUGAUGGUGAAGCAACGCAGGCUAAGAGGUUGAAGGCUAAUUCAAUUUCAGAAACUAAAGAUCCAGGGGAUCCGUAAUAAUCUAUAAUUAUAUGUAAUGAAUACAUAUUUAAUAUAAUAUUGUUAUGCAAACUCUUCUAUGUAACCAAUCAUAUACCAAAAUGUGUCUAUACUCUUUUCCAAAUAUGAACAACUUUGAUUAAUAUAAAUGGUCAACUAUGAA